AUGCGCAAUGGAGUAGCAAGUCGCUACAUGCAAAAAUCCAAAGAAGCUACAUUUGGAAGCGGUCUCAUGGAUAUCGCGAUACUUAAAAGGAACUACGACUACUGUUAUUCUAUCAUCGAAAAGGUGAAGGGAUGCCAUGUAAUCGGAUAUUGCGACGCCGACACGCCGGAGAUUGUGACACGAGACGCAUCGACUACGAUUAUAUCUUCGCUUGGGGAUCGCCGAGCGGUCAUGCGUGCAAGAAGAGGCGACCUCACCGUAUCUCUCUCCACCACCGUCGAGUACGUAGCAAAGCAGCUAUGGCAGCGACAAGAAAGCACAUGGUUGAUGCAAUUACUAAGAGAUCUUCACCAACCAAAUGAACAGUCAUACUUCAUCGUGAUAAUGAGUCACAGAAGUGAACUGCUAACAGUUGACUGUCUUGGAAAGCUGGAUGAUGAACGCCUUUUGACAGUGGGUCGAGAUCGAACAUUACGAAUGUGGAAGGUUCAUGACGAAUCACAGUUAGUCUUUCGAGGACCUGCAGCAUCUUUAGAAUGCUGUUGUUUUAUUGAUGGGAAUGAAUUUAUCUUUGGCUCAGAUGACGGAAGUAUUGAACUUUGGAGCAGUAGACAUAAGAAGCCCAUUCACAUAAUAAAAAAUGCUCAUGCUCUUCCUGACCAGUCCAAUAGAGAUGAAAAGGAAGCGAUCCCUGAUGGUUGCAUUAAAGAAAAUGGCAUUCCCAAAGAAAAAAAAUGUUCUCUGGCCGAGUCAUGGGUUAGUUCCAUUGCUGUGUGCAAAGGAAGUGAUCUUGCGGUGUCUGGAGCUGCAAAUGGAUUAAUUCGUUUAUGGGCUAUUGAAAAUGAUAAUAAAGGCCUUCGACCUUUAUUUGAUUACCCCCUGGUAUGA